ACUAAAAUCCGGAACAAAGUCGGAGUAUGUAUAAUCCGAGCCGAGCCCGACCCAUUGCCAUCCCCGGAUCCCAAACGAAAAGGAAAAAAACAUCCCACAAGUUCCCCACCCAUUAUCGAGAUUCGAGACUCUAGUAGCUUCUUCACCGUACGCUUAUAUAAAUGGUCCAUCAUUCAUAUCCUGCACCAUUGCUUGCAGCAUUAGAUGCGAGUUUCUUCUCUUUUCAUCUCUUUGCUCUAAACAUUUGAUUCGCAACUCCAUUUUCUGAUUUCACCAUGGCUCUUGAAGUUUGUGUGAAAGCCGCUGUUGGUGCGCCUCACGUCCUUGGCGACUGUCCGUUUUCUCAAAGGGUUCUUCUGACAUUAGAAGAGAAGAAACUCCCUUACCAGUUACACCUGAUCAAUGUUGCUGACAAGCCCAAAUGGUUUUUGGAGGUGAAUCCAGAAGGAAAAGUGCCAGUGAUAAAGUGGGAUGAUAAAUGGGUAGCUGACUCUGAUGUCAUUGUUGUUCUUAUUGAGGAAAAAUAUCCUGAUCCAUCUCUUUCUUCUAACCCUGAAUUUGCUUCUGUAGGCUCUAAGAUCUUUUCAGCUUUUGUGACGUUUUUGAAGAGCAAGGAUGCUAAUGAUGGGUCUGAACAAGCUCUGCUUGAUGAGUUGAAGGCACUAAAUGACCAUUUAAAAUGUCAUGGGCCAUAUAUCUGUGGAGAUAAAGUUACUGCUGUUGAUUUGAGCUUAGCACCAAAGCUCUACCAUCUUGAAAUAGCUCUUGACCAUUUUAAGGGAUGGUCUGUUCCUGAAAACUUGAGUUUGGUUCAUAAAUACAUGAAGUCUCUCUUCUCUCGUGAGUCAUUUGAGAAAACAAAAGCAGCGAAGGAGUAUGUGAUUGCUGGUUGGGCUCCAAAGGUGAAUGCAUGAAUUCACAUUGAAGUCAAUCCUACAAAAAGUUCUAUGUAAUGUGCUACUGCUGAGUCCUGAAGCUGAUGCAUAUCAAAUAAAAAUGUAAAAGUACAUCAGGUUGAUGAUGAGUUAAAUAAAUACUACUAAUCUACAUGAGGUUAGUGAUGGGGAAUGUUGCUCUAAAAAACUUGUACCCCAAAAUUUAAUUCGUACAAUAUUGCUUAUGAUAUUCAUAUUUCGUGUGUUGUGUGCUA